CUCCACAUUGGACUUUAUUUUGACCGACCCCUGCUGGAAGAUUCCCCUGCUGUUACCAUGAGUGCUUGCAGCAGGAAGGCCUUGACAUUGCUGAGCAGUGUCUUUGCAAUCAGCAGCCUGGGGCUGCUGGGAGUGGCGGUUAGCACGGACUACUGGUUGUACCUGGAGGAGGGCGUCAUUAUGCCUCUGAACCAGAGCAUCGACAUCAAGACCUCGCUGCACUCCGGCCUCUGGAGAGUCUGCUUCCUUGUAGGUGGUGAGUCUGGACGCUGCUUCACCAUCGCCUACAUCAUGCCCAUGAAUGUCCAGUUGACAUCGGAGUCCACAGUAAACGUGCUCAAGAUGAUCCGCUCAGCCACUCCGUUCCCUCUGGUCAGCCUCUUCUUCAUGUUCAUUGGCUUCGUCCUCAACAACAUUGGCCACGUCCGGCCUCACCGCACCAUCCUGGCAUUUGUCUCUGGGAUCUUCUUCAUCCUCUCAGGUCUGGCUCUGGUGGUUGGCCUGGUGCUGUACAUCUCCAGUAUAAAUGAUGAAAUGCUGAAUAGGACUAAGAGCAGUGAAACCUAUUUUACCUACAAGUACGGCUGGUCCUUUGCCUUUUCUGCCAUCUCGUUCCUGCUUACUGAGAGCGCCGGCGUCAUGUCUGUCUACCUGUUCAUGAAGCGCUACACAGCAGAGGAGAUCUACGAGCCUCGUCACCCCAGUUUCUACCACCCUCGUCUCAGCAACUGCUCCGACCACUCGAGCCAAUUCCUCCACCCAGAGGCCUGGUCGCGUGGGCGAAGUCCCUCUGACCUCUCGAGUGAAGCUUCCCUCCAGAUGAGCGCCAGCUACCCUGCUCUACUUAAGUGCCCCGAAUACGAUCAGGUCUCGUCUUCACCCUGCUGAGGGGUCGGCCAUCACAGCAGAGACCGCCCAAAGCUUUCCGAUGGCUCCCUGUAGGGUCACAUGGGGUCACAGGGCCUAGUGAGUUUCCUUUCAAGAAAAAGUUACUUAGAUUUUUAACUUUGAGUUUGGUGUUUUUCAGGGAGAAAAUUAUGUGCAGCUUUGACUGUGACCUGAGGUGCUUGUGGAUUUGGGGUCACAGAUGCUUAUUGGAUGUCUGUUGUUUAGCAGCACCUAUAAAAAGUCUGUAGGUUUUAGAAGAAAAACCCAUUAUGAUGGUAUUCUUUCUGCAAAUUUAGUUAAAAUCUGGUAUACAGUAAUUACAUUCGAACUUUAUCUGCAAAGGUAAAUAUUGUUCUACUGCAUAUUUUUUAAUUGUAUCGGUGCGUUCUACCCUCCAGUGCCUCAUACUGUAGCUGUUUUUUUGUGUGUGAACAUUUCGGCUUCGUCAUUUUGCAAGAAAUAAAUGCAUCUUAGCUUUAAGUUUCUUCUGUGGCAGUAUUUAUGUAAUAUGUCACACUAAAACAUUAGCAAACCUAACCCUCUCCCUAAGGCAAAGACGUGUGUGAGAUGCAAUGAAAAGACAAUCCAUCACCACUAUAACAACCAUCGGAUAGCAGGGGACGACAGUCCUGGAAGGAAACCAUAGACUUUAAAUAAAGAAAGAGGCUUAAGAAGUCCUGUAAACAAGCAUCCAGAGGUUGUUGUUGGGUUUGGUUUUUUUACCUCAAAGACAGUGCUUUGUCUCUAACAUCAUAAGAGUAAGACAUGAUGAAAAUUCCGGGUAUGAUUUUAAUAAGGAGAGACACUGAGGUACAUACAUGUAAUACAUCUAGACUGAACUAGCUAAGAACAGCCAUAUUUGUUUUAUACAGAUGUUUAUAUAGUAUGUGCAGCUGAUGGACAUUAAAUGAAGAAACAAUGAGAGUGUUGAUGUAAAGAUGAUGCUGCAAAUUAGGUGCUGUUUUUCCCAGUGUUGGUGUUGUGCUAGCACUGCUUUACCAUAAAACAUGUUUGGUACAGUGUGCAGGAGGAGUCAUCUGUGAAAAUAAAUGUCCUCACACAGUGAUUCUACAUGUAUCCACCGGGGGGCGGUGCACAGUUUGUUUUGCAGUUUCUUGGCACAAUUGUUAAAAAAAAAAUCUUUAUUCCCUUAAACACGCUGUAGAAUUCUCCACAGUAUAUAGUGUGACAUACGUUGAAAUUUAUGUUUUUAAAAGUACUUGUAUGGAUUCUGUUGAUCCAGUAAAUGGAUUUUCCUGCUUAUUUUUCAUAUACAAAUAAUGACUGUGUCUAUUAAAACCUCGUACAUCCUCA